UCUACAAACCGUAUAGGCCCCGCCCAUAAGCCUGAAGCAAAUCGCAGGUGACAGCAAGAUUAUCUCAAACCCGACAAAGUUGUGGUCGUUAAAACUAUAUUUUUCUCGGUUUUGAACGGUGUUGUAGAACACUCUUAGGUUGACCGUGCUUUCAGUGUAAUGAAAGUAAAUCCGAGCACUCAUCGCGUUUCCGCAGUUCAAAUGGACGUUUAUGCAGAUGGAUUAGCAUCUGUGCUAAAAACAAACGCUCAGCUCAACCCCACAUCCCUUUUCUAAUGCUGUUAUUCAGAUUUGACACUUUCCUCACGCAUGAUCGCAGCGUUGAUCGUAAGAGAAAUGCAGGAGGAAUAUCGUGAAGUAGGAUUCGUGAAACAGAUCCUUAGUUUGAAUUUGGUGCCGAGGAAAAAUGUCACCAACUGCGGGAGGAACGACACGUCUCUGUGCGAUUUCUCCGAGAUGUGGUAUGGGGUGUUCCUGUGGGCCGUUGUCUCCUCAUUGGUUUUCCACCUGCCUGCUGCGCUCCUGGCUCUGGCAACCCUCCGCAGACAUAAGAUGGCACGAUUUUUCCCAGUCGGAAUCCUGCUCAUGGGCAUCAUCGGCCCGCUGUUUGGAGGGGUUCUCACUAGUGCAGCCAUAGCAGGAGUUUAUAAGGCGGCUGGGAAGAGCAUGUACUCCUUGGAGGCCUUGGUGUUUGGAGUGGGACAGUCGUUGUGUGUUUUUAUCAUCUCCUUCUUCAGAGUGCUGGCUACCCUGUAGCACUGAGACAUUAGCACACCAGGCUGCCAACAUAAGGAGAGGAAGCAGUUCAGUCAUCUGGGCGUCAUAUGCAAAACAUAGAGGCCUUACUUCCCAAGCAGUCCCAACAACUUGUUUCCUUUGAUACAGAACAUUGGUAUUUUUCCCAAACGGGUUUCUGAUGAGUUCUUCGAGUAACAUGGGACUUUUCAUUUGAAAAUGAAAAUUACAAGCUACCUUUAAAAAAAGAACUAGCCUUGUAUUACAGGUGGAGUCAUCUUGCACAUAUGUUUUUUUUUAUUAAUCAUUAUAAUUGAUAUUUUGUUGUUAGUUUCUUUUCAUUUUCCUACACUAAUUCUGUCUUUUUAUAAAGUUUCUGGAUGAGGCAAAGACUCAUUUGAUGUACAUACUAAAGCCCAUUUAUGCUUCAGAGGAACAAUUUGCAUUCACUUUGCACUGAUUAUAUGAAUCCAUUAGGCCAAAGGCUAGAAAUCUAAAUUUGUUUCUCUGCUUCACAAUGUUUUAUAUGUAUUUUGCCUCUGAUUGUGGGCAUAUUUGAUGAGAUUACAGUUAAAUACACUUUGUGUGUGGACUUUGACAUUGUAAUCGUUUCACAGCAUAAGAUUUCCUGCUGGAGUUAAGUGGCUUUGGUUGGUUAAAUUACAUAUUUGUGACCCGUUUUUACAUUUAAAGUCAUUAAGAGUUAGUUUUUCAAGUGGGCUCCUGGAUUUGGCCUUCACAUUGUUAUUUCUGUAUAUAUUUGAGCAGCCUCACCUCUUAUGCCUAACAUGUGAAUGUAAAACAGAUUUCAGCUGAAUCCAUCGUUUAAACCUUCACCAAAGAAAUUAUAACACUAUACUUCAUUCGUUAUAUGUCGCAGACACUGUUAUUUUUAGUAGAGGAAGCUCAUUUGGAAAGAUAAGAGUUACUAUAGAAUGUACAAAAUUAUAAUCUGACUGAAACCCAAGUUUAUGUACAGAAGUAUAUAAAAUAAGAUGCUAUAAAACGUGUGUACUCACACAUGUAGAUGUUCUCCUUAUCUUCUACAGCAACUACAUUAUAAGCAAGAGGUGUAAUUCUGAAACCAAUAUGAUCGUAACACACAGUAGCAGAGUUUUUAGAUUUAUCUGAGGAAUUACCUAAACCAAACUUAUUUCUCUAAUAUUAGUUUCACAUUUCUUCAGUAUAAGCAUUUGCAGACUUGUGUUUCUCCCAUAUUGCAAGCCCUCAGGAAGUUUCAUUCAAAUCUCUUGUGGUGUGAGUUAAUGUAAAUCAGAUUCAUUAUUUCCGACUGGAGCGCUAAUAUUAAUGGGACGCACUGAAAGCUAUGCUUUAUUCCUCUGAGCCUAUGGUCUCUCAAUUGCACAAAUGGAUUUAUUUUUCUAAAGUCCAACCAUUCAUUGUGGAGUGACUGCUCUUUGUUUUAGUUGUUUGUCUUUGAUUGUAUGUUAUUUUUGAGAAAAGGAUUUACUCUUUAAAAUGUGAUAUUUUCAGUUGUUGUUUUUGUUUCUGGGACAAUUUAAUUUUCUUAUUGUAUAAUAAGUGCCAAUUGCUAGUAUUUUAAUGAAAUAAAAUGGUUUAGAUUAUAAUAACA